UUUUGUUUGUUAGUUUAGUUUGUUCAUUAGUUUCCACAUAUAAGUGAAAUCAUAUGGUACUUGUCUUUCUCUGACUGGUUAUUUCACUUAGCAUAAUGCUUUCCAGGUCCAUCCAUGUUGUCAAAGGGUAAAAUUUUCUUCUUUUUUUAUGGCUUGGUACUAUUCUAUUGUGUAAAUGUACCACAGCUUUUUUAUCCACUUAUCUACUGGUGGACCCUGGGGUGUUUCCAGAUCUUAGCUAUUGUACUAGUAAAUAAUACUGCAAUGGACAUAGGGGUGUGUAUAUUUUUUUGAAUCAGUGUUUUGGGCUUCUUUGGCUAUAUUCCCAGACGUAGAACCACUGGAUCAUAAGAUAGUUCCAUUUUUAAUUUUUUUGAGGUAUCUCCAUGCUGUUUUCCACAAUGGCUGCACCAAUCUGCAUUACUACCAACAAAGGACAAGGGUUCCCUUUUCUCCACAUCCUCGCCAACACUGUUUGUGUUGCUUUAUUGAUGGUAGACAUUCUGGCAGGUGUGCGGUGAUACCUCAUUGUAGUUUUAAUUUGCAUUGCUGUGAUGAUUAGUGACUUUGAGCCUCUUUUCAUACGUCUAUUGGUCAUCUGUAUGUCCUCUUUGGAGAAGUGUCUAUUGAGGUUCUUUGCCCAUUUUUUAAAUUGGAUUGUUUGUUUUUUUUGGUGUUUUAUAAGUUCUUUAUAAGCAGAGGUUUUUAAAAAUAAACAGGAAAUCUUAUUUGCUUUAUCUGUACAACUGCCUUUCUCAGCAUUGUGUGAACAUUGAAGAGACAAUGCAUGUAGAUGUGUGAGUUCAGUGCCUGGCCUAUAACAAGUACUAAUAGUAAUAAUUAGAUUACACUGUGAUCGGUUAAAAGGAGUAUUCUGGUUUAUCAGCAAUGUCUAUGUAAGACUUGGUUUUUCUUGUUAAGGAAGCCCUGUGUGGGAAAGGGUGAAGGUCCAAAGGGACAAGAAAAAUGUCAAUAAGAGAGGAGAGAGUGGGAGUCCACAUAAGUACUAAUGGUGCCAGCUACUAGAAGAGCGAGGGUGGCAAAUGCUUACAGUGUCAGCCACCAUUGGGUUCCUUGGCCCUGGGUCAUGGCGGUCAGUAGUGGAGGAUCGAGAACAAAAAAGGGCAUCCACUCGGAGACUAUGUUUGGGGAGCAGUGGCUAUCCCCUUGUCCCUGGGAGCAGACCAUUGAAUAAAGAAAGAAAGAGGAGAAGAAAGAAGACAAGAUCUGGUCUCUGAAGACCUAGAUGACAAGCAGUUAUCUGAACAUCACUGAACCCUGAAGGUGUCACCGUGCCAUCCUGAAAUUUGCCAGCAGAAAAUGGCUCCAAAGGGUAAAUGAAGCUGGAAAAAUAUGCAGAUGCAGCGUUGCAUAUGGCUUGUCCUGGUGCUCAAGGACAGUACUCCAGAGAGAAAUUGAUUCCCUUGGAUUCGGUCAUCAGUCAUAAUGAAGAAAAUCAGUCUUAAAACCUUCCGGAAAUCUUUCAACUUGACUAAAAGUAAAGAAGAAGCGGAUUUCAUGGUAGUGCAACAGCCCUCACUAGCCAGUGAUUUUGGAAAGGAAGAUUCCUUGUUCAGUAGCUGUUAUGGGAAGGACAUGGCCAGCUGCGACAUCAACGGUGAAGAUGACAAAGGGGCCAAAAACAGAUCCAAAAGCGAGAGCCUCAUGGGUACGUUAAAAAGACGGCUUUCUGCCAAGCAGAAGCAGAAGGGCAAGGGCAGCGGCCCCUCCGGGAGCUCUGCUGACGAGGACACCUUCUCCUCCUCCUCAGCACCCCUAGUCUUUAAAGAUGUGAGAGCUCAAAGGCCCAUCCGGUCCACGUCCCUCCGCAACCAUCACUACAGCCCUACCCCAUGGCCUCUGCGACCCACAAACUCCGAGGAGACAUGUACCAAGAUGGAGAUGAGAGUCAAGGCCUUGGUCCACUCUUCCAGUCCGAGCCCAGCCCUGAACGGGGUUCGCAAGGACUUUCAUGACCUUCAGUCGGACUCGGUGUGCCAGGAACAGAACAGUUCCCUGAAGAGCUCAGAGUCUCAGAACGGAGACCUGCACCUUCACCUUGAUGAGCAUGUGCCUGUCAUUAUCGGACUUAUGCCUCAGGACUACAUUCAGUAUACUGUGCCUUUAGAGGAGGGGAUGUACCCUCUGGAAGGACCCCGCAGCUAUUGUCUGGACGGGUCUUCUCCCAUGGAAGUCUCUGCGGUCCCUCCCCCCGGGGGAGGGAGCUCCUUCCCCGAAGAUGAGAAUCAGGUCGACCAGGAGCUCGUGGUGGCCCCAGAGAUCUUUGUGGAUCAGCCGGUGAACGGCCUGUUGAUCGGCACCACGGGGGUCCUGCUGCAGAGCCCCAGAGCAAGUCAGGACGAUGCCCCUCCACUCUCACCGUUGCUACCUCCAAUGCAGACGAGUCCGAUCCAAAGGAACUUCAGCGGGAUCACCGGCGCAGACGCCCACGUGGCGGAGAGUAUGCGCUGUCAUUUGAACUUCGACCCUAACUCUGCCCCUGGGGUUGCCAGAGUUUACGACUCCGUGCAGAGUAGUGGGCCCAUGGUUGUGACAAGCCUUACGGAGGAGCUGAAAAAACUUGCAAAACAAGGAUGGUACUGGGGACCGAUCACACGCUGGGAGGCAGAAGGGAAGCUAGCCAAUGUGCCCGAUGGCUCUUUCCUUGUUCGGGAUAGUUCUGAUGACCGUUACCUUUUAAGCUUGAGCUUCCGCUCCCAUGGCAAAACACUUCACACUAGAAUCGAACACUCAAAUGGUAGGUUUAGUUUUUAUGAGCAGCCAGAUGUGGAAGGACAUACGUCUAUAGUUGAUCUAAUCGAGCAUUCAAUCAGGGACUCUGAAAAUGGGGCUUUCUGCUAUUCCAGGUCUCGGUUACCUGGGUCUGCAACUUACCCCGUCAGACUGACCAAUCCAGUGUCCCGGUUCAUGCAGGUUCGCUCUUUGCAAUACCUGUGUCGCUUUGUCAUACGUCAGUAUACCAGGAUAGACCUAAUUCAGAAACUGCCUUUGCCUAACAAAAUGAAGGACUAUUUACAGGAGAAGCACUACUGAAAUUAGGGGAGCCCCGCGUCCUGCACUUUGGGAGGAAGGAUAAGAGAUUGAAAUACAGUUUACAGAUGUUCAUUGCUAUCAGAAUCUUUGCUGCCAUACUAUUUCAGUUUUAUAUGUAAAAGAGUAAUCAAUUUGUUUUCAGGUGGGAAGUGUAGGCAGGGUGUCUUGGUUUUAUUUUGGUUCUUUAAAAAGGGAAUCUUGAGGCUUAACAAGUGUGAGUUCUCUUUCAUCAAUGUGCAGAAUAAUCACAAUGUGAAUUAUCAAAUUCUCCUUUCCCCCACCCCCCGUCCUUUGCUGCUAGCCACUGUGAUUUUUAUGCAUUAAAAGCACAUUUCAUGUGUAUUCAACCCUAAGUAAAGUUGAAUGAAACUUACAGAAUGAAAAUUGUCAUGUCUCUUUAAAUGACCCAUUUUCAAAGAUAGUGUUGAGUAAUCAUACCCUUGUGAUAGAACACAGAAUUUACACGUACACUGAAGAUGAUUUUUUAAUCUCAUACUUGAGAAAGAUUAAUUUAGAAUUAUGAAUUGAUGUAAUCUUGGGUACUGGAAUGUGGACCUGCAACUUACCUUUUAUAACACUCAUUUCUAAAUUAUUUUAAAGGCUGUGCUGUUUUUUUGUUUUGUAUUGUGAAAAUUUGAAUUUUUCUGUUGCCUUCAUUUUCAUCUUGUGAUUUGUCUAUUUUAAUAAAUGGCCUUACAUUAAAAAAUCAUAAAGAAAUGCAUAUCACCAGUUUAGAAAUUGUUGCCUUUUCUGUCCUUAAGCUCUGGUACACAUUGGCAUAACAUAUAAAGAUCUAUGGAACUAGAGAUAUUAAAGAAGUACUAGAUGGUCAUAGUUUUCUGUGAUAGCAGUUUUUUGUGUUAUCUUUAUUUUCCUUUGCUAAAAUGUUUUUUGUGAUUUCUUUUGCUUAGUCAACAUUUUCUUGGGUGAACUUGAUAUAUAGAAUUGAUUUUUAUAAAUGGACUAGAUUCUGUUGGAACAUUCAAAUUUCUAUAAAAUUUAAACUGAUUUGAGUAGAAAGAAAACAUUCUUUUAAAGUUGGAUUUAUGUUUUCUUAUGUGUAGUCACUAUUAAGAUGUGCUAGAUUUGACCCUUCAUUCAUCCCACCAAGAAAACAAACAACAAACCCAGUGACUUUAGUUGAGAAGUUGUAGAAAUUGCGAACACCAUGUAAGAAAAACCAUAUCAGAUAUAUGGUAGUCUUGUUGCCUUCCAUAUAUACUGCCAUUUAAAAACAGGUUUUUAUUGUUUUUUGGUGUUUUUUUUUUUUUAAGUCUUAGGUAAAUUGGCAUUGUUAGUUAUUUUAACUUUUAGAUUCAGUUUUUUGUUUGUUUGUUUUUUUGGAGGGGGGGUGAUAUCCCCAGUACUUUAUAGUUAUUUUGAAAUGUAGGGUUUACUCACUUCAUGAUUCUUUAGUAUUUUGGGAUUGCCUCAUCCAGAAAAUGUUUUCAUCUCAGAUGCAACAUGUAAUUUAAGACAGUUCUACCUUUGUCACUCAGUUUUCCUAGCUCGCCCCCACCCCCCACCCCCACCCCCUGUUUAAGAACAAGCGUAAAGGUCUUAGGUCAAACUUAAUGGCUUUGUCAUUCAGACAUAGUAGUAUCCCUUUUUUUCUCUAUUUGUUUUUUAGGGUCAGAACUGAGAAUUAAGAAGAAAAGGCACAAUGCCAUAACAUCGUGUGUUAUGGUAUUUUAACUUAAAGGGGGAAAGGUACUUAAUUUUGGUGGAAUGUUGAUCGUACCUUGUUACAAAGCCUCAUUUUCUGAUGUUUUCACCUAAGAAGAUGGGAGUGUUGAGUAUACUGUAAUAAUAUAAUUUAAGUGUUCACUAUAAGCUAUUUGGAUUAAGAACUAUUACAGAGUUGUAAACUUAUCAAAUUAAUGCAAGACAUUUAAACUAUUUUUUUGCAAAACUAUUUAUUUUUAAACAAUCUAAAGUCUAUCUAGGGUGAGUUAAAAGUCCCUGUGCAUCUAUAUUAGAUGGCAGGUAUUGUCACAGAGUCACUGUGUAUUAAUAAUAGAUGUUGAGAUGGCUUCUCCAUGUUUCUAGAAGCUUUUACAUGUAUGUACCCUUUGUGAGAUCACGGUGCACAGAGGUCUUUGGACUGCCCAGAACCCCAUCUCAGCAUGCGGGCGUAGCCUGUUCCUUACAUUUUCCUCAUGGGAAUGUGUUUAAGAUCUAGCCAUUUAGUUUCAAGUCAAGAUUAUUCUGAUUUUCAUCUGAAUGUUUUUAAAAUUGUAUUUUGUGUUUUUAUGGAGGGCAAGUGUUGAUACUCUUCUAAUUUAGAAAGUCAGUUCUUAUGUGCUUUUGUAUAUUCGUAUAUCAAAUUCUUUAAAAUGCCCUAUUUUAAUUGAAUUUGAAAUUCCUAGGGUCUGAUACCGUGUUGAUAAAAAUAAAAGUAUUUGCCAAGAAAUUAUUUACCAACAAAGAGAGAAGUAUUGCAGUAUUUUCUGCUUUUGCCUAGAGAGAACCAUUUGGAGUAGGCAAAGCAAUAUAAUAGGAAAGAUUGGCUUUAUAGGAUCCUAAAACAGUCUGGUUAAAAAUGGGAAGGGGAAAAGAGAGAUAAAUGUUCAUCCUGUAGUUUGGUCUAGAUACAAUUUGGAUAAAUUUCUGGAUUAUAUUGAAUGGUGGCUUAGAUGACAUGGACACAAGCAGGGAGUGAUUUUUAAAUGUGAUUCUAAAAGUCUGAACUCAAGGCAUGAAAGAAAACAAAGCUGUAUCCUUUUGCCAUGAUAAAAUGAAUCCGCUGUUUUUAUCAAAUAUUUCAUCAAAAACCAUGAUGGAGGCCAGAGCUAUUUCCAGGCUUACUAGGAUACUAUUAUGCAUUUUUAUAAAAAGAAAGCAUAGAGAGUACUUGAAAAAUAUCUCACUCUUUCUCUUCUAAAGAAAACUGUUAUCUUUCUACUUGGUGCAAUAACCUGAAGAUUUCAAAGUCAAAAGUAUCAUAUCACAGGAAAUGAUCACAGAACUAAAAUUAGUUUUUAAGGAAGCCAGCUGCACAGGGCAAACUUCUUGCUAUGAAGAAACUCGUGUGCCAAAGGCUAAAUCAUUGGCACACAGGAAAUACAAUCAAGUAUACAUUUUCAUUUCUGAGCCAGUAUUAUUGAAACAGGACAAAAGUUACUAACAUCUUAAAUAGAGAUUAUAUGCCAUGUCUCUGCUUGUGCUAAAGUCUAAGUAUCUUUCUUAACAGUGCUUUCAGAAACGCCAGUCUUAAUCAUUGUACAUUUCACAUUGUAUACGAGAGAUUUGCUUUAUGAGUGAUUCCGAUAACAUAUUUUCAAAUCUUAGUGGGUUUUCAUCAAAUAUGCAGUCUGAUUUUGAAAUUGAAAUCUCUACCAGCAUUAGACAGUUUUGUUGAAAAUUAAUAAGGAACAAUUGCCAGUUCCGUAAAUAACUUAAAAAUUCUAAAGUAUGGGUAUGCUAGUAAUCACAAAUUUGGUUUCUUCAACUUUUUUAAUCCUGCAAAGAUGGUUUUUUAUAAACAUCCUUUGUAUUAAUUAGUCACAACAUGGCAGAUGCAUAGCUGCUGUUUCUGAAAAGUGAUCCAAACAGUCCAUCCAGAGAUGAUGAGAAAUUCUUACAGAAUUUUGUAAUAGGUAUACACGUUGGGUUAAAGGAAUUUUGUAGUUGUUGGAGUGCCAUGGAAUUAAUCCUUGCAAUCCAGAUUGCUGUAGUUUACACUUUUCUGUAUGUUUCCAAUCAGGUGUGUAUCAUUUGUACGAGAACACCACACAAUGAAUUAUCCAAAGUCCAUUGAUUUUAAUACGUGUUUUGGUUUGUACACGAAUUAUAGUAAUUUCUUGCACAUUUUUGGAAAUUAAUUGUAUAAGAAUUUAUGUAUCUGCUUCUAGAUACAGUAUGUAAAUAAAAAUUUUGUUCCCAAGA